CUCAGAGCAGCAACGCUCUGAAUAAGAAUUCCAGCCCCCAGGCCCCAAAAUAUUUCGAAUUUUCGAUGAAACUCCUCCACGAUUUCGGGUCCUGCUGCUCUCGGUCGGCGACGGCGGUCGCAGCACCGCCACCGCCACCGGCGGAGGAAAAGCGCUCGGCUGCCGUCGUUCCCCUGUUAUUAGAACAUUACUAUCGCGAUGGAAACGGCGGGAACUGCAACAAGCUUUCGAUCACGAGAAGCGCGUCUUCAUCGUGGGCGGCGCACAGCUGGCGGCCUGCUCUGUCGGCGAUAUCGGAAGAGAGUCCCGUAGUGUCGUUCGCCGGCGACGCAACGAGAAUCGUGAGAAAGGGCGCGGCGGAUAGGGGAACGAAGCCGUUACAGAAGAAAACGGCGUCGGAUAGCAGAGGAAAAUCCAAUUCCGCGGCCAAGCCCAAGAGCAGCAGUUACUGUCAUCUUCAGAGGGACAACUCUGCUUCUUCUUCUUCGUCGCCGAUGGUGAUGGCGUCGUUCUCACCGGCGCCAUUUAUGUUCUGAUUGAUUGAUCUCUGAUCUUACCAGUAAGAGAAUUAAUUGUAUAUGAUCUUUGUAUUGAGGUGGAAGAGAAAAUUGUUGCGUAGAGAAUUGGGUUUUUGUUGAAUUCCAGUAAUACCCACCCAAAUGCAAUGAGCCAAUGAGCAGGUUUAAUAUAUAGAUGGGAGAUGGGAUGAGUUUCCAUGGAUGCGAUUGGAUAGUUGUUGUCACUUGUUUGUUAAUCGAUUGAGGUACAAGCUAAAUUUAAGGUUGGAACACUAAAUGCCUAAUUUUUUU